AUGCCUGCACGGCCCGGACGCCGUCGCCGGGCUGUAGAGUCGGAGCAGGCAAAGGUGCAGAGCGAAGACGAGCGGGGGACGGCAAAGGCCGGAGCGCGCAGGGCUCCCUCCGCUCCCUCCCCUCCCGGCCCUCCCUCCGCCUCGGCCGGGCCUCCAGGCUCCGCCCCGCCUUCCGGCGGCCUCUCCUCUCUCUCUCUUCCUCCGGCGGCCUCUCGGGCCGGCUUGGCGCGGCGCGGUCGCUCGGGCGGGCGGCGGCGGCGGCUCCGGCCCCCCCCGCCGAGGGCCGCGGAAGUGACGUCGCGGGCCCGUGGCGGAGCUCGUUUGAACCGGUUCCCGGGUCCCCUCGGCCGCGCUCAGUGUCGGCAGCGCCGCCGGGCCGCGCGGGUGGGCGGCGGCGGAGAGGAGAGGAGGCCGCGGCCCUCGGCGUCGUGUGGAAGCGCGCGCGCCCCGAGCGCCCCUCCUGAGCGCGGGGCUCGUCUUCUCCCCAACAUGGCAGCGGCGGCGUCGGCGGCGGGGGCGGGCGGCGGCGGGGGCGGCCUGCGCACCGUGUACCUGUUCGACCGGCGCGAGAAGGCGUCGGAGCUGGCCGAGCGGCCGCUGCAGCUCCCGGGCCGCCUGGACUACGCCGGCUUCCGCGCGUCCGUGUGUCAGACACUUGGCAUUUCAUCCAAAGAGAAAUUUGUUAUUACAACAACUAGUAGAAAAGAAAUUACCUGUGAUAAUUUUGAUGAAACUGUUAAGGAUGGAGUCACUCUAUACCUACUGCAGUCAGUCAAUCAACUGCUACUUACAGCUACAAAAGAACGAAUUGACUUCCUACCUCACUAUGACACUUUGGUUAAAAGUGGCAUGUAUGAAUAUUAUGCAAGUGAAGGACAAAACCCUUUGCCCUUUGCUUUUGCAGAAUUAAUUGACAAUUCGUUGUCUGCUACUUCUCGAAACACUGGAAUUAGGAGAAUACAGAUUAAACUGCUUUUUGAUGAUACACAAGGAAAGCCUGCUGUUGCAGUGAUAGAUAAUGGAAGAGGAAUGACCUCUAAACAACUUAAUAACUGGGCUGUGUAUAGAUUGUCAAAAUUCACAAGGCAAGGUGACUUUGAAAGUGAUCAUUCAGGAUACGUUCGUCCAGUACCAGUGCCACGCAGCUUAAAUAGCGAUAUUUCCUAUUUUGGUGUUGGGGGCAAGCAGGCAGUUUUUUUCGUUGGACAGUCAGCAAGAAUGAUAAGCAAACCCGCAGAUUCCCAAGAUGUUCAUGAGCUUUUGCUUUCUAAAGAAGAUUUCGAGAAGAAGGAGAAAAACAAAGAGGCAAUUUAUAGUGGCUAUAUUAGAAACAGAAAGCCUUCUGAUUCUGUUCACAUUACACAUGAUGACGAAAGGUUUCUGCAUCAUCUUAUCUCAGAGGAGAAGGAUAAAGAGAGCUUUACUACUGUGAUUAUCACAGGAGUACAACCAGAACAUAUACUGUACUUGAAAAAUUAUUUUCAUCUCUGGACAAGACAGUUAGCACAUAUUUAUCAUUACUAUAUUCAUGGCCCAAAAGGAAACGAAAAACAGACAUCAAAAGAAGCUGGACCUUUCAACAAUAUUGACAUUGAAAUUUCUGUGUCUGAAAAGGGGAAGGCGUCUAAGAUUGUAAACCUAAGGGAAAUACAAGAUGAUAUGCAGACAUUGUAUAUAAACACAGCAUCUGAUAGUUUUGAGUUCAAGGCUCAUGUUGAAGGAGAUGGUAUAGUAGAAGGGAUUAUUCGAUACCACCCUUUUUUAUAUGAUAGAGAAACUUACCCGGAUGAUCCAUGCUUUCCAUCAAAAUUAAAAGAUGAAGACGAUGACGAUGAUUGCUUCAUUAUUGAUAAAGCAGCGAGAGGUAAAAGGCCUAUUUUUGAAUGUUUUUGGAAUGGACGGCUAAUACCAUAUACAUCUGUGGAAGAUUUUGACUGGUGUGCACCUCCUAAGAAGAGAGGGCUUGCACCAAUUGAGUGCUACAAUAGAAUAUCUGGUGCGUUAUUCACUAAUGACAAAUUCCAGGUCAGCACAAAUAAACUGACUUUUAUGGAUCUUGAACUAAAAUUGAAAGAUAAGAACACACUUUUUACCCGGAUUCUAAAUGGACAGGAACAGCGAAUGAAAAUUGACAGAGAAUUUGCUUUAUGGCUGAAGGAUUGUCAUGAAAAAUAUGACAAACAAAUAAAAUUUACACUUUUUAAAGGAACAAUUACACGUCCUGAUCUUCCUUCUAAAAAACAGGGUCCCUGGGCAACAUACUCUGCAAUAGAGUGGGAUGGAAAAAUAUACAAAGCAGGACAACUGGUCAAGACAAUCAAGACACUUCCCCUCUUUUAUGGAAGCAUAGUAAAAUUUUUUCUUUAUGGUGAUCAUGAUGGAGAAGUAUAUGCCACUGGAGGAGAAGUUCAAAUUGCAAUGGAGCCUCAAGCACUAUAUGAUGAAAUAAAAACCGUUCCAAUUGCAAAACUGGAUAGGACAGUUGCAGAGAAAACUGUUAAAAAAUAUGUAGAAGAUGAAAUGGCAAGGCUCCCUGAUAGAUUGUCCAUAACUUGGCCUGAGGGAGAUGAAUUAGUGCCAAAUGAAACCAGACCUGCUGGAACCCCUAUUGGUGCUUUACGAAUUGAAAUAUUGAAUAAAAAAGGGGAAACAAUGCAAAAGCUUCCAGGAACAAGUCACGGAGGGGGAUCAAAGAAACUCCUGGUUGAACUAAAAGUUAUAUUGCAUUCUUCAAAUGGAAAUAAAGAAAUAAUUUCACAUAUUAGUCAACAUGGAGGAAAAUGGCCUUACUGGUUUAAAAAAAUGGAAAAUAUUCAAAAGUUGGGGAAUUAUACAUUGAAAUUGCAAGUUGUAUUGAAUGAAAGUAAUGCAGACACUUAUGCAGGAAGACCGUUACCAUCUAAAGCAAUUAAAUUUUCUGUUAAAGAGGGUAAGCCAGAGAAAUUUUCAUUUGGUCUUCUGGAUUCUCCUUUUCGUGUUGGAGUCCCAUUCAAUAUCCCUCUGGAAUUUCAGGAUGAAUUUGGUCAUACUAGUCAACUAGUAAAUGAUAUUCAGCCAAUUCUUGAAGCAAGUGGUUUAUCUUUACAUUAUGAAGAGUUAACCAAAGGACCAAAUUGUAUGAUUCGAGGUGUUACAGCUAAGGGCCCUGUUAAUUCCUGUCAAGGCAAGAAUUUUAAUCUGAAGGUUAUUCUGCCUGGGUUAAGAGAAGAUUCACAGAUUCUGAAAAUUAGGUUGCUACCAGGUCCUCCUCAUCGAAUAAAAGUGAAACCUGUUUCUGAAAUUUUAGUUAUAGAAAAUGGAACCGCUUUCCCUUUUCAGGUUGAAGUUUUGGAUGAAGCAGACAAUAUAACAUCACAACCAAAAUUGAUUGUUCAUUGUAAGUUUUCAGGUGCUCCAAACCUGCCCAUUUACAUUGUGGAUUGUAGUAGUUCUGGAACCAGUAUUUUAUCAGGAGCUGCAAUUCAAGUUCAGAAUAUUAAAAAAGACCAGAUGCUUAAAGCAAAAAUUGAAAUACCUAGUUGUAAGAAUGUGGCACCUGUUGAGAAGACUAUUAAGUUGCUUCCUAGUAGCCACGUAUCAAGACUAGAGAUAUUCAGUAUGGAAGGGCAAAAAGCUAUCCAAAUCAAACACCAGGAUGAGGUGAAUUGGAUAGCAGGUGAUGUUAUGCAUAAUCUUAUUUUUCAAAUGUAUGAUGAAGGAGAGAGAGAAAUACAUAUAACUUCAGCUUUGGCAGAUAAAAUUAAAGUUAACUGGACUCCUGAGAUUAAUAAGGAAAACUUGCUGCAGGGUCUGCUUCCUGAUGUGCAAGUGCCGACCUCUGUGAAGGAUAUGCGCUAUUGCCAGGUUUCGUUCCAAGAUGAUCAUGUGUCUUUGGAAAGUGCAUUUACAGUAAGACCACUUCCUGAUGAACCUAAACAUCUAAAAUGUGAGUUAAAAGGAAGAAGAACAAUACAGAUGGGUCAAGAGCUUGAAGGUGAAAUUGUUGUAGUAGUAACCGAUCAGUAUGGAAAUCAGAUUCAUGCAUUUUCACAAAGUACUUUAUCUUCCUUUACAAUUUCUGGUGUUGGACUUGAUAACUCCUGUAUGAAAGUUACUUUUCAGGAAAGCACACAAAGUGUAAGUGUAAGAGGCAUCAAAUUUACUCCAGGUCUUCCAGGAAAUAAGGAUCUUUGUUUUAGUUGGCGGGAAUUUUCUGACUUUAUUCGAGUGCAAUUAAUUUCUGGACCACCAGCUAAACUUCUCUUAAUAGACUGGCCAGAAUUAAAGGAGUCCAUUCCAGUGAUUAAUGGAAGAGAACUGCAGAAUCCUCUCAUUGUUCAGCUUUGUGAUCAAUGGGAUAACCCAGCACCUGUACCACAGGUUAAAAUAACUAUCACAAAAGAUAAUUGCUUAAAGCUCACUCCUUCAAACCAACAGCAUAAAACAGAUGAAAAGGGCAGGGCUAAUUUGGGAGUGUUCAGUGUUUAUGCCCCUAGAGGAGAACAUACUAUACAGGUUAAAGCCAUCUAUAACAAGAUUGCCAUAGAUGGACCAAAAAUUAAGUUAAUGAUUCUUCCAGACCCUGAAAAACCUGUUCGCCUCAAUGUGAAAUAUGAUAAAGAUGUUUUAUUUGUAGCAGGAGAUGUUUUCACUGAUUUUAUGAUUACUGUUAUUUCUGAAGAUGAGAGCAUCAUUAAGAGUAUUAAUCCAGCACGUAUUUCCAUGAAAUUGUGGAAGCUGUCUAACAGUGGAAGCCGACCUCCACCAAAUGCAGAAAUAUUUAAUUGCAAUAAAGUAAAAGAUGACAAGGAAGAUGGUUGCUUUUACUUCAGGGAUAAAGCAAUUCCUAACAAAGUGGGGACCUACUGUGUCCAGUUUAGUUUUAUGAUGGAUAAAGCAAAUAUUCUUUAUAGUGAACAGAUUAUAAUUGAUGUUUUGCCAAAUAAACCUGUGAAGUUAGUUCCUGAAAUUCAACCAGCUACACCAGCUGUUUCAAAUGUUCGCUCAGUUGCCAGUAGAACCUUGGUCAAAGACUUACAUCUUAAUAUCACGGAUGACUACAACAAUCAAACUGGAAUUGAUCUGGUUGGCACCGUGGUAGCAACCAUCAAAGGUUCUAACGAGGAGGAUCAUGACACGCCACUCUUUAUUGGCAAAGUUAGGACACUUGAGUUCCCCUUUGUGAAAGGUUCUGCAUUAAUCACGAAUCUAGUGCUGGCAGAAAACAGUCCUGGGAAGGAUAGUACUGAGUACUUUAUUAUAUUUGAGCCACGGUUACCAGCUCUACCAAAAAAAUUAGAAUCAUAUAUGCUACCAUUUAUGUUUUACAACGAUGUCAAGAAGCAGCAGCAAAUGGCAGCACUUACCAAAGAAAAGGACCAAUUGUCUAAGUCUAUUAUUAUGUAUAGAAGUUUAUUUGAAGCCAGCAAACAGCUUGUUGAUGAAAUGAAGUGCCAAGUUGAAGAAGCAAAAUUAAAAGAGGCUCAGCUUCGAGCUGAAUUAAAAGCACAUAACAUUGACAUUCCUACAACACAGCAGCUGCCACACAUUGAAGCACUUUUGAAAAGAAAGCUGUCAGAACAAGACGAACUAAAGCAAAGACCCAGAAGAUCAUGUACUCUUCCAAACUAUACUAAAAGCAAUGGAGAUGUUUUGGGAAAGAUCGCACAUCUUGCACAGAUCGAAGAUGAUAGAGCCGCGAUGGUCAUUUCUUGGCACCUGGCAAGUGACAUGGACUGUGUGGUCACCCUGACCACUGACGCUGCACGUCGCAUUUAUGAUGAAACCCAGGGUCGUCAGCAGGUGUUGCCCCUUGAUUCUAUAUUUAAGAAGACACUUCCAGAUUGGAAAAGACCUCUACCUCAUUAUCGAAAUGGAAAAUUGCAUUUUAAACCCAUGGGAGAUCCCGUCUUUGCUCGAAAUUUGCUAACGUUUCCAGAUAAUGUAGAACAUUGUGAAACAGUAUUUGGUAUGCUGUUGGGAGACACCAUUAUUUUGGAUAAUUUGGAUGCUGCCAAUCAUUAUAGAAGAGAGGUUGUUAGAAUCACACACUGUCCUACAUUGCUAACCAGAGAUGGAGAUCGCAUUCGAAGUAAUGGGAAAUUUGGGGGUCUUCAGAAUAAAGCUCCUCCAAUGGAUAAACUUCGAGGAAUGGUGUUUGGAGCUCCAGUACCCAAACAGUGCCUGGUCUUAGGGAAUCAAAUAGAUCUUCUUCAGCAGUACCGCACUGCUUUCUGUAGAUUGGGCACUGUGAACAAGGACCUUAACGGCCAGUUAGAGUACCUUCACACUCCGGAUAUGAAGAAGAAAAAGCAAGAACUCGAUGAACAAGAGAAAAGUCUUAAACUAAUAGAACAAAAGCUAGGCAUGACUCCCACAAGUAAGUGUAAUGAUACAUUUCAUCCAACAAAAGUUGAAAUGACAGAUUGUCCAAUUCCUCCUAAGAGAAUGAGAAGAGAAUCUACAAGACAAAAUAGAAUUAUAACCAAAACAGAUGUGUGAGAAAACUGGCAGAGAAUGACCUUUGGUCUCCCUGAGAUUGCCUCUUGGCAGCUGUUUCAGAAGACCAAGAGGGUGACUUGCCAGAUUGGAUCUUUCUGUGGACUCUUUCUCAGUAUCUAUCUGGACAUGCAAUUCCACAUCUAUCCAGUUGAGACGAGAGAAUCAAGCAUCUGCUCAAAUUCACACAUCUCAUGGGACAAUAUGGAUUUACUAAAAUUGUUCCGGUCAUCAGUGCCCUUUGCUUUUCACUUGCAGUAUGUCAGAGGAAAUAGCGGCGAAAAGUGACACACAGCAUUUUAAUUCCAAACGAAGAAAAGUAUGUGUACUUUUUUCCAUUGUGAUGAUCAUGGAUAUGCUAGAACUGUUUCUUGAAAGCAAGCAUUUUUAUUCCUUUUGUGUGAAUUUACUAUUUAACAAAACUUCUGUUGUUUCAAAGGAACAACUGUAGAGGGUAGGUAUUUAAGUGUAAAUAUGUGAAGAAACUCUUAAUGAAGUAUUUAGAAUAAAAAAUAGAAAAGGUACAGGUGCCUGAGAAUUCAGGUGCUAAGAUACUUUUAAAAAGUU